CAUUCACACCCUGAUGCUGACUGGACAGAGGUCAGUAUCCAUCCACCAUCAUAUGAGGGGACUGUGGUGAGAGCUGGGGUGAGAGCUGUUAGUCAACUGAAGGAGACACUCAAUAAAGAAAUGAAGAAGUUGUUUGAAGCUGAGUUGAAGAGGGUCCAGCAGUAUGCAGUGGAUGUGACUCUUGAUCCUGAUACAGCACAUCCUAAACUCAUCCUGUCUGAUGAUGGGAAACAAGUACACUGUGGUGAAGAGGAGAAUGAUCUUCCAGACAACCCAGAGAGAUUUUCUGAAUUUCUCAUUGUUUUAGGAAAGCAGAGUUUGUCAUCAGGCAGAUUUUACUUUGAAGUUCAAGUAAAAUACAAGACCAAAUUGAUGUUAGGAGUGGUCACAGAGUCAGUCAACAGGAAGGAAAAAUUCACGGUUGAACUGAACCGAACGAAAGGUUACUGGAUUGUAGGAGUAUAUAAAAAUAAUUAUAUAGCUCUGGAGGGUCUUCCAGUCUGUCUCUCCCUUCAGUCAGAUCCUGAGAAGGUGGGGGUGUUUGUGGAUUAUGAAGAGGGUCUGGUCUCCUUUCAUGAUGUAGAUGAUGCAGCUCUUAUCUACUCCUUUACUGGCUGCUCCUUCACCGGGAAACUCUACCCAUUCUUCUGUCCCUGGAAUGUUGAUGAUGAUGGUAAAAACUCUGCACCUCUGAUCAUCUGUCCUGUGAUGAUAGGUGAUGGUGAUGGUGAUGAGGAUGAUGAUGAUGAUGACCAUGAUAAUUGAUCAUCACCUGUUCUGUCAAUCAGUCAAUCAGAUAUUGGAGUGCAAAACUAACACCAAUGGAAGAUGGACAAGGAAAGGUCAAAGCCAUGAUAAUAAACAGUGGGCAGACAGUGUUCAGCACAAUAUUAAUUAGACAUUAAUUGGAAGAGGUGUAUUGCUGAUUUGUCUCCUUUACGAAUUAUAAUGGCUGUUUGUUAGCCGUUUGCAUACUAUGCAUACUCUCUUUCUGUGUGUGUGUGUUUGUUUAUCUGUUUAAAUUCAGUAUAGUUCCGACAACAGUUAUCACAAUAAAAUAUGUUAAUGCGCAAUCCUUAAUAUGUUUUAUACAGUGGGGCAAAAAAGUAUUUAGUCAGCCACCGAUUGUGCA